AUGGCCGACCAGGAUCCGAACGCCUUAUUUGGGCUCGACGAGUCUAACCUCGGCGUGGCGCCGUCUUUCCUUGACGACUCGGACGGCCAGAACGUCAAAUCUAACUCCAACGGAGCCUCCAACAUCGCCAGCGACAAUCAGUCCUUCUAUGACGCCAAUUGGGGCUUUCAGGACACACCCCCGUACGACUCCUACAACAUCGCUGCCACUACCGCAGCCGGCGCCACUCCUCUAUUCCAGACUUCCGCACCCUGGGACCUCUCUCCCAACCAGCAGCAGCACCAGCAGCAACGACACCAGCACGGCCUCCCCAACGUAACUGCAGGCCUUGAUCAGACCAUCGUAGCCCAGGCCGGCUUCUAUGCCACCACCGCCCCCUCCAACCAUCACCAACGAGGAGGCCAACUCCAUACCCUCCCUCAAGAGACCCUGAGUCUCCUUACCCCCGCCCAGCAGGAAAAGCUGCGAAAUAUCGCCAUGCCCGCCCACCUCCAGUACCAAUCACCCAAGAGCGAGCCGAGCCCCGGAUCUGCCACCAGCGACCACAAGGCAGCAGGACUGUCCUCUCCCGAUGCCCAGGAUCUAUCCAGCAAGGCCAGCAGGAAGCGCAAGUCGUCCGCCGAAGUCGACGAAGAUGAGGACGAGGACGACGAGAACCAGCCCAUCAAGAAGACGGCGCAUAACAUGAUCGAAAAGAGGUAUCGCACCAACUUGAACGACAAGAUUGCCGCCCUUCGAGAUAGUGUCCCUAGUUUGAGGAUCAUGUCCAAGAGUGCCAGGGGAGAGGAUACGACCGAGGAUCGCGAAGAAUUGCACGGCUUGACGCCUGCCCACAAGUUGAACAAGGCUACGGUCUUGAGCAAGGCGACCGAAUACAUUCGCCACCUCGAAAAGCGAAACAACAGACUGCUGGACGAGAACAAUGCCAUGCAAAAUAGGAUCGCAGCUUUUGAGAAGCUCUUUAUGGCCGGCGCAAUGAAUGGCGCCAUGAGCCCGCUCCAGCAGCCACCUACCCCGAUGCAGUACCCUCAGGAUCAGUACAUCAACACCCCCAUCGGAACGCCUCGAGGCGAGCCGACUCAGGGAAUUAUCCCCGUUCCCGAGGAUAUGAAGCGCAUUAUUUCCGCCCAGAUGGCCGCCGGCCAGCCAUACCCCGUGCCGCAGCAAGCCUACCGCGGAAACCCCGCUCUGAUGCGACAGCAACAGAUCCAGCAACAGCAGCAGAUGCAGCAGCAGGGCCGCUGGGGCAACACAGGUCCCUACUUUGGCAAGCUGAUGGUCGGCUCGCUCGCCGGUCUAAUGAUUAUCGAGGCUGUGCGCGAGAACGAGCAGAGCAACGAGUCUCCCGAGGGCCGUGGUCUCUUCGCCCUUCCUGUGCAACUCCUCAGCUAUCUUGGGUCGAAUUCGCACAUGCAUGUUGGCGGGUACUACAUUUCGCCCGCUCAGAUCAUUUCGCAUCUCAAGUUUUUGCUCUUCCUCGGUACAUUUUUGUGGGUCUUUGUGCCCUCCCUAUUUGUGCCAUCUCAGAAGAGGCCGAAGAAGGCGCAACAGCUCAGAGAGUCGCUCCAGGCCGCUGGGUCUGUGGCGUCUCCGAUCCACGUGCGCCGACAGGCCUGGUUGACGGCCAUUCAGACCGUCUGGGUACCUCAGCACAACUUCUUCCUCGAGGCUGCUGCUCUCCUCAUGAAGACGAUGAAACUCAGCGUUCGAAAUGCGAUUGGCGUCCAUGGAUACCAAAUGCUCACCGGCCUUACGGAGGAGCAGGAAGCUGCCCGUGUCAAGGCGUGGUCUAUUGCUCUCGACGCUCAGUUGGCUGGAGGUGACGUGGAGAUCAACAAGAGCCGCCUCACGCUUACCCUCUUGGCAUCCGGCACCCUUCCCGAUACCCCGUCUCGACUGAUGCUGAAGGCUCUUCAUGUCCGUGUGCUCCUCUGGGAUCUGGGUGCCAAGGGUCUACACAACACUGUUGCUAAGAAACUUGCGCGCUCUCUGUGGAAUGAGGCGAGGAGCCUGAACCGCGUGCUGAGCCAGCUUCGCCGCAACUCAGAGCAAGUUGAUGACGAUCUUCCUGAGCACCUGGCUGCCCUUAUCGAGCAAGAAUGCGAUGACGUUCUCAACAACACUGUUAUUCAGCGAGCUUAUAAUCUGGCUUGGAACCUGCCGACAACUGAGGGUGUUGCUGAGCACAACGAUGGAAUGGACUCGGUUGUUGAUGACCAGGCUGUACGGUCUCCUUUGGAUGCUGUUGCUGCAUGGCGAUCCAGCCAGACGAUCCACCGUGCCCUCAUCACCAGCCUCGAGGCCGACAAGGAUGAUGGUGAUGCUCCGAGAGUUGUCUCGACUUGCCUGGACACCGCGCUCAAGACAGCUCCCAUCGGGUCCAGUGUGCAAUCUCGUGCUCUAGUUGCCCGCGCUGUUCUUGUCGAUGACAAACGCGGUGCUAACAUUGCCGCUGCUUUGCAGAACAUUCAGCCUUCCGGUGAACAAAAGUCUUUAAGCCAGAUUGCCGCCAUUGUCGAUUCCUCCUCCACUGUCCAGUCACCCGAUGUCCAGAUGGCGCUUAAGUGUGCCAUGGCCAUUGCUCACCUGCAGCGCGCCAAGUCGACGGCCGCUUACCCACAGGAAGGUCUUCGUCUCGUCGAAAAGAUUGCUCGACCCAGCGCCACUGCCAACAUGUCACUCCUUGGUUGCACUGCUCUGUUCAAGCUCAUGGAGGAGCUUUUCGCUCGCCAACCCUCUACCGAGUCCUUUAGCACGUCCCUGGAGCGUCUCGCCGGCAGUCUACGCAUCUGGAUUGGUAGUGCGCCGGGUGAAAAGUGUGGGCUGGAGCAAGACGUCCGCCACAAGAUGGUUGACCGCUGCCUCAGCAUCACCAAGAGCGUGGUGGGCAUGGAAACUGAUACGGGCUACGGCAGCAUGAGCGAGUGCGAGGAGGAGGGCUGCUAA